ACAAACGGGACUUUGACCUGGUUGAAUGCGUGUAAAAGCUGCAUGGAAACACAUCACAUAAUAUCCUUGCUCACUCACUCAGAACCUGCAGCUCAAACCAAACUUCUAGAUACAACAAGAACCAGGAAAUGUCCGGCAUGAUCCCUCUAUUCCUGACAGGGCUCUGCUUCCUGUUGCUCGGUCCCACUUGUUGCAGCGGCAGCAGGAUCCUGGUCGUGCCCGUUGACGGCAGCCACUGGAUCAACAUGGAGGUGAUCCUCCGAGAGCUGCACUCCAGAGGCCACAACAUCACGGUGCUGCGCUCUGCCAAGAGCUGGUACAUCCCCAGUACCUCUUCCAUUUAUACCUCUAUUAACGUGACCACGCUGGAGGACGAGUCGGACCUGAGCUACUACAAUAAAAUACUACAGGAUGUUAUGGAAUGCCGCAGGUCGGCGACCUUUAUACGCACCUUCUGCCAACAGCGCCUGAUCACAUCCAUGUUGGCAAAGGGCCAUGAGAUCCUUGCCAGAGCAGCUGCUACAAUGUUAGAUGAUCCUGUUUUUAUGAAGAAGCUGCAAGAUGCCGAGUUUGACUUAAUAUUAACGGACCCUGCUCUGACUCUAGGGGUUCUUCUGGGUAGCUAUCUCAAGCUGCCGAUGGUUUUCAACGUGCGCUGGAUUAAUAACGGGGAGGGCCAUUUCACCAUAGCUCCCUCUCCUGUCUCCUACGUCCCCGUGUCAGGAAGUGAACUGCACGAUCGGAUGGAUAUUCUGGACCGAACCAAGAAUAUGUUGCAUUAUCUCUAUAGUUUUGUUGAAAUCCACUUCUACAUUAACCCUGCCUACUCAGAUCUGCUCCAGCGACAUUUCCCUCCUGGAACCGACUUGCUGUCUUUGGAGCAUGCAGCUGCUAUCUGGCUGGUGAGGACGGAUUUUGUCUUUGAGUUCCCUCGCCCCACCAUGCCCAACGUGGUCUACAUAGGGGGGUUCCAGUGCAAAAAGGCCCGUCCCCUCACUGAUGAGCUGGAGGCCUUCAUGCAGAGCUCCGGGGAGCACGGGGUGGUGGUCAUGUCUCUGGGGACGCUGGUGUCGGCGCUGCCUCGUGAGGCCACAGAGGCCAUCGCUGCUGCUUUCGCUCAGCUGCCUCAGAAGGUGGUGUGGAGGUUUGUGGGUGAAAAGCCUUCAUCCCUGGGGAACAACACCCUGCUGGUGGACUGGCUGCCUCAGAGAGACCUCCUGGGACACCCCAAGACUCGUGCCUUUGUAGCCCACGGAGGCACCAACGGCAUGUACGAGGCCAUUUACCACGGCGUUCCCGUUCUGGGCCUGCCCCUCCUCUUUGACCAGUUCGACAACCUACUCCGGCUGAAGGUACGCGGGGCGGCUCGGGUGGUGGAGGCCAAAUCGCUCACCAAAGAAGACUUCCUGGAGGCUAUAAAGGACAUCCUGGAGACUCCCUCGUACCGUGAGAACAUACAGCGUCUCUCACUGCUACACCGCGACCGGCUAAUGGAUCCCAUGGACACCGCUAUCUUUUGGAUUGAGUACGUCAUCCGGAACAAAGGAGCAGCCCAUCUGCAGUCAGCAGGUUUUAGUCUGCCCUGGUACUCCUACUAUAGCCUGGAUGUGGCUCUUUUUAUUACGGCUCUCAUUGGAGUCUUUGUCUGGGCUUCAGUCUUAGUCUGUAAGAGUCUCUGCUGCCGAAGGACCCGGAGAAAGAGGAAAGCAGAGUAACGGAUUCAAACAUGCUUAGCGACUGCCCAGUGAAGUUUACCAGAGACUGACUCUCAUUUACCUUUUGAAUAAAUAAAAGUCUUAAUCAUUGUGUAAAUUGUUGCAAAAUGUUUAUUCUAAUGCAAACAAUCUAGUAAUAGAAAUGUUAAAAUAAGUUAUGGGUUGUUUCACCCCCAAGGAGGUUUGUCAGUUUGGGGAAAUACUAUCACUUGUCAUAUAGUCCUACAUGCUUUAAAGGGGACAUAUCAUGCUCACUUUCAGGUU